ACUCCCUCCUUGCCUCCUCCUAUCGGCUUCGUUCGCGCCGCACUAUUUACCGUUAUCCCCCUGGAUUUUCGCAGCGCUGGAAAUGAUACGUUUUCUAACGAGACAUCGCGUCUGAUGCAUUUACAUCGGUACGCCACCGCACGCGACCGCGACCCGAUCUUCGAAGGCGCAGGUUUCCAGUCUCGGCCAAUAUUCUUCAGGCUACCGGGGGACAAAAGACACGGCGACUAUGGCCAAUAAAGGCCACACAAGAAGACAACCCUGCUGACGUGUGUGAGCCACUUUGGGGGACGGGGCCGCGGCGAGACGGGAGCGAGCGGUGGCUCUGGGCGCAUGCUGACGAAUGUGCGCCGCGCCGAGCGUGGUCACGAGCCAAGAUGGCCGGAGCAACGCAAGUUCCAAGUCUGUGGCCCGUCGGAGCAGCAGCGGCGGCGGUGGCGGCGAGGAAGACGCAGCUUCCUCGUCCAGGCUGCCGGCGGUGGUGGAGGACGACCCCGCGAGGCUUCAGGCGCAGUUGCGCUCGGCGCGCAGCGACCUGGUGUUCCUGCAGACGCAGCAUCGGCUCACGCUCCGAGGCCUGCACGCCGAGGUCGCCAAGCUGCAGAAGACCGUCAAAGAAAUGCAGUUUGCUCUCUUUAACAACGGGAUAACCCUAGUGGACGAAGCCUCGUACCAGGAAAAGAUCGCCCAGCUCGAAGAAGACCUGGACAAGUGGUGCUGCCACUGUCGAUUCCUCAGCUCUCAGCUGGAGCAGGCCAACAACGCGCUCGUGUCGCUCAACCAGCGGCUUCAAGUCCAGGACUGGCAGCACCAGGCGGAGUUGUCUGAGAAGAACUCCAUCAUCGCCAACCUGCAGAGGGAGCUCGAGUGGAAAUGUCGAACACUGGCCGAACUGGAGAUGUCCACGCGCGGCCGGGCCGGAACGAGGAGGAUGUCCGGCCCCGCUGGACCUCUGGCCGCUUCGAUGACGUCAUCGUCGUCGCUGGUCGAGCCCUGCGAGCUGACGCGCACGCCGUCCCAGAGGAGCCUCCCGGCCGGAGCCUCUGGGAAGGCAUCCGCUGCGUCCACUUCGGCACGCAAGGGCAGUCACAGGCUACCCGUAAUUGUACGUGACCGGCCCGCUAACGACGACGAUGACGACGACGCGGUGGUCCAGUCGUCGCUGUCGAGCGGGACGACCUCCAGGAGCGUCACUCCGCGCAGGCACAACGCCGGCGCGCGGGCAGCGUCGGCCAAGUGCCUGCCGGUCGCCGGAGCCUCAUCUUCAUCAUCGGUGGGCAGCAGCGGCAAGAAGAAAUCAGACCAAGCGGGAGCACGAGGAGCCGUCGAGACGGACCGCAGGCGAGCCCAGUUGCGGCUACCGCCCCUGGUCGACCCGACCCGGGCGUUGGCGUUCCCGGCUCGGUCUCUCGUCCAUCACCAUCUCACCGCGGUGCACUGCGACUCCGGACUUAGCACCGACGAGGAGCUGUCUAUAGACCGCGUUCCGUCGCCCGAACUCAAACCCAAGAAGAUGGGCGGCAGGGUGGUCGAAGUGUCCACCAAGUGAUGAUCGUUCUUUCAAUAGACUAUUUCUUAAAAGGGACCGCUUGUACGGCCGUCGUGUUGUUGAGACUGUAUGCGGGAAACUUGGCGGUAGUUCUGUCCAGACACAGCGUAUUGUGGUUUCAUAGGAAGUUUCAAAAGAAUACUUAAUGUAUAGACUAAGCUAUAAUAUAACCUUGAUGCCGUGGCGUGUAACAAUAAGUAGGUCCAUAGUCCUUACAGGGACAAGAAUCUAUGGAACACCCACGCGCUCAUUCUGCCAAAACAGAAGGAUAAUGUAUGGGUAUACGUAUGAGGAACCAAUUGCUGGCACUUCGGACUACGGCAUAGCGUCUUCGUUUCGGAUUAUCUUUCGGUACAGGUUAAGCGAACCAAUCAGCGCGCGGCUGGCAGUGACUUCCGCUUACGUAAUGGCGUCGUCGCUGCUACCGAAGCUGGGGCCAUCACAGUGUGGCCCGCAAGUUCUCAACUGAUGCUCGUAUCUGCCUUAGCUUUGUCCACAGAAGCUUCGACAGCAAAGCUCUCCUGGCCUUGUUGUACUGUUUCGGAGAUCCGCACACAACUUCAAAUGCAGGCUUAGCAAGAGUGGCCGCAUUGACCGCAUACGUGGCCUCAAAGAUGUGCGACAAUGGGUAUCACUGCAACCUUGGAGGCCAUUGAUUACGAGUUCGCGGGUUUGUUUUAUUCUACACACUUGGCGUCAUAAGUAGAAAAGAUAAAAAAAAUGAUCUCUCGGUGUCAAUGUGUUUACUUUGCAACACCUUGAAUAUUUUCCAUACCAACAAUGACAAAUAAGGCAUAAAAGCUAUAAUCGAUAAUAUUUCUUGUUGCUCCAUUGACGGAUAUUACACAGUUCUUCAAGAGCUUUCAGGGUUUUCUACCUGGUCAACAUUGUGCAAUGCCGGUCUGGGGAGCCAUUCUCGAUGUGUCUAUCUAAUGGACUUGUUCAUUUCGGCGGAGCACAUUCUGUUACUCGAGAAAGCGACGAGCCGUGACAUCAUCGCGCUCUUGACCACGUCGACGCACCAAACCCGCAUAGCACACUCCCAGCGUAAGAAGAAACUGGACUAAAUGUACAGGAACACAACAUUAAACAAACUUGACAAGUCUGUCCAUAUGAGCGCGUCCCAGAUGCUUGAGAACGAUGCAGGGAAUCCGUACCGACCUUCACAGGUGCGCUAGGCGGGCGGUCGCAUUAAAUCUAAUUCGAAAGCUAACGCGAUCACAGAAUCGGAGUUCAUGCUCGGCCAAAAGUGGAUCUCUGGAGGCUGCGUUCGUUGCGUUGAAGCGCAUUCCGUCCCUUUCAUUUGUGUCCAGAGUUGUGAAAGCUCCGUGACGUCAAAAUGACGUUGCGGAAGAACAACCGGGAACAGGGGGCGCGCUGCUCGCUUGCAAGUCAGCGACGGCCUAAAUGGGCAGUCCAUUACAUGGAUACAUCGAGAAUAGCUCCCCUACGCGCUUCUCGUGUGGUUGCUCGCCCUUUCUGUCGGCGUUCAUGUGGCGACGCCGAGAGACGCAGCGCCAGGAAACGCCGGCCAAAGCGCUCUACGUGGUUCGGUAUUGCGAACAUGAAUUGCGGUCGACAACCUGCUACGAGUUAUUGCACACCAACCGUUGCCGA